UGAACUUUCUGCCGGAAGUGAUUACUUUGUUACGUCACCGUCAAGACUGUUAUUCUGAUAGUAGCGAUAGGAAGUUGUGCGCGUUUCAUGGCCGUUAGCAGUUAGCCGUUAGCCUGACAGUGCUGCUACUGCUACUGCUGCUACUGCUGAGAGACAAGAAGGGAGAGAGCGCGCGUGUUUGGGUGGUGGACUGCAGCUGGUGAAAAACACCGAACCCCGGUUACCUGAAAAUGCCUCACCGCCACAUGUAAACGGGCGAAACUCGCGGAGGGCAGAGAGUCAGAGCUCCAGGCAGGUUUAGAAGAAAAUAAGAGCAGGAUGUUGAAAGUUUUAGCUUGCGGCGCCAUAGUUUUUCCCGGUCUCUUCUUCGCCUUCAGGAGAAUCCUGCCCUGUGUGUUCAAACACUGGAGCGAUGCCGACGUGGUGCUGGUUAGUGAAAGACUGGUGUCCACCAUCCACGCCAUCAUGGCAACCACAUCAGGAGUCAUUGUUGUGUCAUCAUGCCAGAGCAACGUCAUUGACAGCAGGCACUGGCUGGUCACCUCCUUUGUCAUCUGGUACGGUGUGCCCUACAUGACAUAUGACCUCUUUGCCAUGUACCUCAGUCACUACCACCGUUUCCGUGUCGAAGGGUACGAGGACUACCAGCGGCAUUCACUGAGGACCAUAAACUCCUUCAUCCGCAGAGAGUUCCUGCUGGUGCUGCAUCACAUUGCUCUGCUCACCACCCUGCUGCCUGUCACACUGUUCUUCAGAAAGGACCAGGGGGAUUUCUUCAUUGGCUGCUUGUUUCUAACAGAGCUCAGCACACCCUUUGUCUCCCUGGGGAAGAUACUUAUUCAGGGCACUGAUGCUAAAGGAGAGAAAAACAUUGUUCAUGUCAACACAGCUACACAAGAGAAAGGGAAGCAAGACCAGGAAGAAUCACAUCUUCUGAUCAAACCACAUCUUCCCCUCACUGCAAUGACCAAAUCCAGCUCCGAAGCUCCAGGUGCUCCUCACUCUCCUGCCUUAGUGGCUACAGCAACUAAAGUAGCUCCAGUAAUAUCAAUGAUGCCUGCUAAAUGUGAUGCUGAUGAACCCCAGGCUCAUCUUCCUGUCUCUGCCAUGACAACCAAACCCAGUGUUGAGAGUUUGAUUGCAGCUAAACCUGCUCAAUCUCCAGCAUCAGUGCCUAAAAUAGCUGGCCAUUCUGCAGCAGAAGCAGUGGGAGGAGAAGCAGGGGAAUAUCCUUUUGCAAGAAACAACAGUGAACGUAAGCCACAGUUGCUUCUCUCUGCUAUGACCAAACCCAACACAGAGUCUUCAUCAUCAGCUGUACUAGCACAGUCUCCGAGUCUUUCAGCAUCGCAGGAACCUGCAGUGAAACCUGGGGAAUAUCCCUUUAAGCGAGCACCGAUUCUCAAGACACCCAGUCCCACUCUUAAGAGAAGUGUGAGCUUUCCUCAGCCUGCAGAAAAAUUACUUCCCUCCAAGUCAAUAAUAAAAUCCAGUUUCUCACCUACUUUGGACAAGAAAGUGAACAAGUCAGUGGGUUCUGAAUUUAAGCAGGAUGUAAUAAAAUCACAAACACUUCCACGUCCCAGUGGGGCUCAGGCCAAACGGGCUCUCUUUGAAAGGAUGAGCUCAGAGCCUAUUAAGCCAAAGGACUCCAAGCCUAAACUGAAGCGCUCUCAGAGUUUUGGAGUGUCCAGUGCCAGUGGCAUUAAACACAUCCUGUUGGAAUGGUGCCGCUCAAAAACCAUUGGUUAUCAGAAUAUAGACAUUCAGAACUUCUCAUCCAGUUGGAGUGAUGGGAUGGCUUUCUGUGCUCUGGUCCACUCUUUCUUCCCUCUGGAGUUUGAUUACAACACACUGGAUCCUGCUAACCACAAACACAACUUAGGGCUGGCCUUCACCACUGCUGAGCAGCAGGCUGACUGUCUCCGUCUGAUCGAGGUGGAGGACAUGAUGGAGAUGGGGGACAAGCCAGACCCUAUGUGUGUGUUUACAUAUGUCCAGUCCCUCUACAACCACCUGAAGAAGUUUGAGUAACUCUGUAUCAGAGUAGAUGACAAGUCUAGAUGUUAAUCACAGUGUGCUGUGAACACUUUGAGCUGACUUAAUGUGGAACUCACAAUCAGCAUCUGACUAUAAAACUAAUAGGAAACCACUGACCACAAUGGCUGUAACUUUGGACAAAUAUUUUUCCUCAUAAAAUCACAUUUCAUCAAUGCUUUACUGUAUGUGUGUAUUCACCAGUUCCACUGACUCCUCUUACAUUUAUAGUGGACUGCUUACCUUAAAAUGCAGUAUGUUAUGCAAGUUUAAGAAAUGAUAAUAAUUUGUUAUAAGUACUGUUGAUGAAUCAGUGUUUAAGAACAUAAGUAUUGUUACAAAUAAAAGGGUUAUGAACCAGUGUAAAGAUGCUCCAGUAGCGACAAAUUGAAAUUUUGCCUGAACUGAAUCUUAUGAUUUGAUUCGGUGAAAUAAAACAAUUUUCUAAUACUUAGGUCACAUGAUGCCAGGUCUGUCUGCUAAGGAUGACCAUGAGAUAUAUUUAAAAGCUCUUAAAAACUAGCAAGUGUACCUUCAGUACACGGUUGUCAAACUCUAUAUUCUUUUCAAGAUCAAGAAUGACCAUUCAUACACAACAUCUACUGUACAAAUAUGAACGUUUCCUGCUUUGCUCUAAUUAAUAUUGUAAUAUUUUGGCGAUUUUAACUGCUGAUGUGAUAAAAUGUCAUAUGUAGAUGUGAUCUUUGACUCUGAUAAACCUGAAUUGAUAAUGUGUUAUAGACUAAAUUGAUUGAGAAAAUCAGAUACAUUGAUAAUAAACGUAAUCAUUAGUUUCAGCCCUGACUGACUUAUGCAAUGAUGUGAUUCUAAUUGCGUCUUUAAAUAUGAAGACAAACUGGGAAACCAAGCCAGUUAUCAUCCAUGACCAAUCCCCAUCACCUAAACUCAGAUCAGUUUAGUGACACACAUUGUUAGAAAACCCCUGAUCAAAAUCUUGGAUUAAAAAAAAAAAAAUCUGUUUGAUCAUGGUGGUAAAUAAAGCGUUUUGUUAAGAUUUUCAGAAAACUGUGUCAGAGAUUCAUUAGCUGGAGCUUUAUGAUGUAUAACAGUGUGUACAUUGCCAUCUACUGGUAUAAUCGUGUUAGUGCAAAAGGCCAGUAGCAAAAAAAAAAAAUCUGUAUUUAAACUGGUAAACGUUAGACACCAAGCAUCAUAAGGUUCACACCAAGGUAAGGGGACACACAACUAAGAGGGAAUAGACUUCACUUUCCCCAGAAUCUACUCCUGAGCCUUGGGAUCUGACGCUAGCAUUUAAAAAUAAUUUCUUUACAAAUUGCCACUUUAAGUAUUUUAAGAACGCAACCAUUCCACCAUUAAAUUGCAAUUAAGUCUGUCCAAGAGAUAGAUGAAAAUAUUUACAGAAAUGUUUCAUAAGGAAAUGUUGAGCCUACAUAGAAGCUUUCUCGUGUUA